CAAGUGAAACAGCGGCCAGUCUUCUGCGGAUGCAUCGAACACGUAACUUGGAGCAGGUGGUUGCGCAUGAUUCCGUAGAAGAGUCUGAGAAGAUGAGUACGCCGACCCUUACGGAGAAGGCUUCCGCGCGUCUCAAGUCUAUGGAGCGCAAGACGCGGUUUUCCCUGCCUAUGCAGUGGCCAUUGUGUAUCCGCCGCACGCGGAGGCGCCUUCGCGAAGGGUUCGCACACUUCCAGGUCGUAUUCAAGCACACGUCCACGAUAUCCUCCACGAGCACAGUCCACCGGAUGGCGCGCACGCGCAGGCUUGUCACGUCGCUGGCGCGUUUCCUGGCGCACAAGUCGGAGGUCGUCGCGCAGCUGCAAAAGCGGCUCCUCACCAUAGGCGAGUGGGGUCUUGGGCGUGGGACUGACCACGACCACGACGUGUUCAUUUACAUGGGGGACGUGCAAGACCACAUCAUCACCCUGCAGCAGUCGCUGGCCCAUUAUGAACGCGUGCUUAGCCAGGCGCAUCCUACCUACAUCUCGCGCCUUCGCAUGUCGCUCUCAAAGGCCCAGUCCGGGACCGACGGCGCACUCGUCACCCUCUCCACCGUCAGUCUGGGAGUGCUCCUUGUCCAGACGCUCAUCGGGCUGGUGUCCAUGAACAUUCAUCUGCCGCAGAACUACCUUCAUGGAUACAAGUAUAAUGCCUUCGCGGUGGUCAUCGCGCUCUCCGUCAUGAUCAGCCUCGUGUAUGGCUUCGUGGUCCGCAUGUGGUGGAUACAAGCAAGGCAGAAGAGGCGUUUGAAAUAUCUAUGAUACAUUAUGAUUCCUCAUGGACAUGGUGGUUGAUCCGCUGCGUUCUCCAUUCCUCCUGGCUAAUGUAGCCUCAGCACGUUUGAUUCACUUCGGCACCGCGGAUACCACUUGGACCAUAACUUAUCUCGUUCUGUUUGAUCAUACUACAUAAGAAUGGUUGCACAUGGUCACAUAAUAGCGACAUACGGCGUCAGACCACAAAUAUUUACGGAGAACGGAUAUAUGAUAGAAGGGUAUGUGCUUGAAGUUAGAUGUGUAGUACUACAAAAGCUCCAAUAAAUCCAGUGGUGAUGCAAU